AUGACGGAGGUGGCCGUGGAUGCCGUGGCCACGCCCGACUUCGCGGAGAGGGCGACGGAGCGCAAUGUCGUGUGGGCCAAGAUGCGCGGCUCCACUGAGUGGCCGGCUCAGGUGCUUUCAGAGGAGGCCGCCGAGACGUUUUUGCGGAACGCGCCCAGGAGGGGGACCCUGCGCGUGCCUGUGCAGUUCUUCGGGCCGGCGACAGGGGCCUUCCUCAACGGAAAGGACAUACACCCGUGGCAGGAGGGCCUGGACAGGAAGUGGCACAUGAAGGCCAACAAGAAGAAGAGGGCGCAAUGCGGCAUGGCGCAGGCGCUGGAGUACGUUCGUGAGAGCGUGAUGCCCAAGGGCUGGUGGACACGUUGGCAUGCCGUCCCAUGGGAUCCCAACUCUGGCAAGGAGGCUGCUGCCCUCGAGAGCGGCCAGCCCUCAGAACUUGGGGCGGACAACAAUUCGGGAUCGGGCCACUCGGGGCGGCGAGCACUGGAUGAUUUGGUGCCCCCGUCACCCGCCAGUGUGGGCGAUCGCGGCAGCGACUGGAACGAGGAAGAGGAAAUGAGAAAGAGGACGUCCGAGUACAUGCCCAUAGACAGGAACCACUGGACGAGCGCACCCAAACUGAAAAUGCUGAAGCUCAGCCAACAACGCAAGCGCAAGGGAGAUGUUGCGAUAUGCAGCUGCAGCCGAUCAGGUGACUGCUCAGAGAACUGCACAAAUAGGGCAACGAAGUUCAAAUGUGACCCUGAGAAUUGCCCUUGCGGAAACAGGUGUACAAACCUGCCGUUUGACUUCAUCGAACACAAGAAACUUGAGCCAUUCUUCACAAGAAACAGGGGAAUGGGUGUCAAGGCCAUGGAGCACAUCAGAGCUGGAGAGUUCGUUGUCGAGUAUGCAGGGGAGGUGAUCUCUGACGAGCAGCGCAAACGUCGCAUAGCAAAGGGUGGCAGCCUCUUGGCAGGGGCCUACACAAUGGCAUUAGACAAUGGACUUUAUGUCGAUGCGUACAGGAAGGGCAACAUAGCGAGGUUUGUGAACUCAUCCUGCUCACCCAAUUGUGUGGUGGAGAAAUGGACGGAUGCAGCUUCCGAAUUCAGUCGUUUAGGCAUUUUCGCCCAAACUGAUAUUGAUCCAGGCCAGGAGGUGACCUACACGUACAUGCUAGAUGCUCCAGAGGACAUGAGCGAGGAUGACAAGGAGAUGUUUGUUUGCAGAUGUGGGGCACCGAAUUGCAGGGGCACACUGGUUCGAAGGGUUAGCCGUCAUAGUAUUCACAACAGCAAUGGCCUCAACUCCACAGAAAUUGGAGACCAGAUUGGUGGACAAGGGGCAGCACCAGUUCAGGGUAAUCCACCCAAGAAAAGAGUGCGGGAAGAGUGUGCAGAGACAUGUUCUUAUGCUAGGGGCCGUGAAAAGGUGCCACCACUCCAUGACACACAGAGCGCUGCUCAAUAG